AUGCCAAAUUCUUCAAAAAAUAUUAACCCCCAUAUUUCAAAUGGCAAAAUUGAUGUUAUUGAAAUGAAAAGAAGAUCCAAACCUGAAGAAAAUAAUAUUGAUUGCUUGGCUAGUAGCAGUUUUAAAAAUGUUGAAUUGACUGAUGAUACAGAAAAUAUUGUAAAUGAUCAAGACAACAGCGAUAAUGACGCCACUUUUGUUGGAAAUGAAUUUGUUGAAUUGCCUCCCCUAACUGGGCGUGACCCUCAUGGACAUUCAAAUGUGGCUAGGCCUGAGCCUGCUUUGGUACUUUUAUUUCAGGUCCUUUUUCCUUUUAUAAUUGCUGGAUUGGGGAUGGUAUUUGCUGGUCUAGUUUUUGAUCAAGAAGUUCCCCAAGCAUUAAUUCUUGUCCCUGCAUUGCUCGGCCUCAAAGGCAAUUUAGAAAUGACUUUGGCUAGUCGUCUUUCAACGCAAUCAAACAUUGGAAAAUUGGAUAGUUUACAAGAGGCAUAUUCUAUCAUCGUUGCCAAUAUCGCUCUCAUUCAAGCACAAGCCAUUGUUUUUUUGGCCACAGCUUCAGCAAUGGCUCUGUCUUGGAUUCCUCGUGGUCAACUUGAUUGGGAACAUGCAACACUUUUGGGCGCUUCUGCUGUUAGUACUGCAUCUUUUGCUUCUCUGGUGCUUUCGUUGGUUAUGAUUGCCGUGAUAAUGACGGCUAAACGUUGGGAUAUUAAUCCCGAUAAUGUUGCUACACCAAUUGCUGCGUCUUUAGGUUUUUUACUUUAUUCUUUUAUAUAUAGGAAUUAA